AUGGGGCCGCCAAUUGAGUUGCGCGACCGGAAUUUGGAUGCUAAGGCCGCCAACAGCAGCCAGUCUCACGUCAAUGAUGAGCAGGGACUGGGCCGCGUGGGCAAGAAACAGAUCUUGAAAGUGCGCGAUGACCCUGAACUUGUGUUCCCGCAGCGACUUACCAGUGCUUACAGCGUCGGUCCGGCUGGAACAGUCUACAGUUUCCUGGUCGUCUGGCUGGGUACCUUUUCGACGUUUCUCACUCUGUCUGAACUUGUUUCGAUGGCCCCUACUUCCGGAGGACAAUAUCACUGGGUAUCGAUGAUGUCCCCGCGGUGGUGCCAAAAGUACCUCAGCUUUCUCACAGGAUGGUUGAUUGUCAUUGGUUGGCUGGGAGCAUUUGCGUCAACCUGCUAUCUAAGUGCUUCCCAGAUUCUAGGCUUGGUGGUUCUUAACCAUUCGUCCUAUACCCCAGAGCCCUGGCAAACGAUGCUUCUGUUCUGGGCCAUUGUGGCUUUUGCUGUGUUCGUCAAUGUUGUUACCAGCACCUUGUUGCCCAAAUUCGAGGGGCUCGUCCUGAUCUUGCACGUGUUUGGGUUUUUCGGAAUCAUCAUCCCCUUGGUUUAUCUGGGAGAUCACAACCCAGCUUCCGAAGUCUUUGGGCAGUUUGCCAAUGAUGGCGGUUUCCAAACGCAGGGACUAGCUUUCAUGGUCGGUAUGAUUGGUAACAUGUUUGCUUUUACUGGUGUGGAUGCGGCUGUCCACAUGAGCGAAGAAAUCCACGAUGCAGAGCGCGUUGUCCCGCAAUCCAUCCUCACUUCGGUUCUAAUCAACGGAGCUCUGGGCUUUGGAAUGAUCCUGUCCACAUUAUUUACCAUGACAGACGCUACUGCCGCCCUGGCCUCACCCACAGGGUACCCUUACAUGCAAAUCUUCUGCUCAGCCACUAAAUCGCUUGGAGGAUGUACCGUCAUGUCAGCUAUCGUGCCAAUUCUAGUUACCGCCACUGCUGUAGGCUCAUUGGCAUCAUCAUCUCGCAUGGCAUGGUCAUUCGCCCGAGACCGUGGUCUCCCCGGUUGGCAAGUCCUCAGCAGGGUACAUCUCCCAUCCCCACCAUCUUACAAUAGUCCGCUAAUUCAUUCCCAGGUCAACGCCCAAGCCGUCCCCCAAUGGUCCAUCCUCGUCGUAACCAGCGCGGCCGUCCUGCUCGCGCUGAUCAUCCUAGGCUCAGCAGCGGUCCUAAACGACGUCGUCUCUCUCUGCGUCAGCGCCCUCUACUCUUCUUACCUGAUCUCGGCCUUCCUUCUAAUGUGGCAGCGCGCGCCUCUUGCAUGGGGACCCUUCCGAAUGCGUGGCAUAUUGGGUGUUUUAGUGAAUGCCUUUACCAUCGCUUACCUUGCCGUGGGUGUGUUCUUUAGCUUUUGGCCCGAUGAGAUGAAUCCGACGGCUAGUACGAUGAAUUGGGCGGUUGUUGGCACGGUUGGUACUAGUUUGAUUAGUACGGUGUAUUAUGUUAUCUGGGCCCGGAAGGAGUAUACGGGGCCGGUGGUGGAAAUUAAUCGGGAUUGA